UCUACUUUCGCAGGCAUCGUCGAUAGGCUAAAUUUCGCAUCUAUCUUCAUUGCGAAGUUUACAUAACGGUUACUGUUAUGUUUAGUUAUAAUGCUGAUGUGAGCUCAUGGCUCCUACCACUGGUGCUCGGGGACAGCAGCCUUUGGAAAUAACUGCGCCGAACAGCUAAAGGAGGGCCAUUCUGCGGAUGCUAAUAAUGCAAGACUGCUACUCAAAGCAUGCACCGUCUUCUCCCACUUAUCAAUGAAACAAUGGAAAAGGCUGGUGCAGCAAACUGUUCAACUGAUAAAUUCCACAAGACAAAGGCCAUGAUGUACAAUAUCUCAACUAUUGCAUCUUGGUCUGGGGAAACAGUACACGGUUUAAUGUUAACAAAAUUUGAGUACUGCAAAAGGGGCAGAGAGAGCUGGCCCAGUGCAGAUGCUGGUGGUUCCUGCCCUGUGCUGAACAUGGAGACCUCGCCUCCUCCGCCAGAAAGGGCCCUGCCCCUUGCGCAGCCUUUCCUCUGCCGCCAUGGACAUGAGCCGUCUUUGCUGAACGUUUCUUCGAUGCACAGACACGCUGACGCAAGGUCAUCCCUGUGGCUGAUAUGGCUGCGCAAGUACGUCAUUCUCUGCCUGGUGUGCGGUGGCUCUGCUGUCUUUGUUGGGGUGCUUUUCAUCGCCAUCUACUUCACCCUAAAGUCGUACACGUCGUCGCUGCAGUUUUUCGAGACCAUCCCCACCUAUGUACCUGCCGCGGUGCUAAUUCUGACUGGACUUAUGGUUAUGUGCUUUGCCAAGCGAAGGAACCGGUACACUUACUUGGUGAAGUUUGCGGGUGGCUGCUGCCUCACUUGCGUGCUCCUCUGCGUCGUCAUCACGGUCACGACCACCGUGGUGCACAUGAACCGGCUGCAGACGCUGCACAAGUGUGACUACUCGUCCAAGGACAGGGCCUGCAUGUGCCUAUCAGCCAUCGCAGAGUCACCCGCCCAGGAUGGGGAGCACCAGUUUGUGUUCAACGACACGCCUAGCUGCGAGGUGGUCCACGGCAGCCUCUAUGGCUGUCUACGUGCACUUUUUGGCCUGUCGGUUGUUGGCAUCCUGGUGUGCAUCUUCUCCUCCAUGCUUGUCUACCAGCUGCUCAGCCAUGAGCGCAAGAAGGUCUACCUCGAACAGCUGGAACUGCGUCGGAGGCUGCUGUAUCGCCGUCAUCCCAAUCAUGGCCUGUGUGCCUGCUACGGGGACAUGUGCCACCCGUGGCCUCUAUGGGACAUGCUCGACUAUCGUCUGCUGGCACCCCACCAGCAGGGUUCACACGAUCGCCCUAGCCCAGAAGAGCUUGUCAGCGUAGCUGGCCACUCGCGGAGCCGCACAGCUGCACUCCGCCGUCGCCGACCGCCACUCUGGUGGCUGCCAUGGACACGUCGCAGCACUCGUUCCUCGUCGUCGCGACCUGGCUGUAAUGCUGUCGAACGGCUGCUCGUACGAGAUGGCUGGCGUUGCAGCUCUCCCGCCGAGCUCAUCGGCCCUCCUGGCAGUUCACCCAGCCCGUGGCGGAAUGGCUGCACCCACGGCAACGGUUCACGCACUGCCGAGGCCCGUGGUGUGUCAUCGCGCAGUGCCGCGGCAGCGGCGGCACGUGCUGCACACCGGCGCACACGGUCCAAUGACGGUGUAUUCCAUCACCUCCAGAUGAACCCCCGGUAUGGUCCUCAGUCGUUCCCUGACCCACCAUGCAGCUACACAGAGAUCCCUGCAUAUCUGUGGGGUCCGCCACCACCAUACUCGCAGCCGCCGUCUCUGGAGGACGUGGCAUGCCUCGGUGGGGAAAGCUCGCCACCGGAAGCAAGCCACCGCAGCGUAGCAGAAGGUGCACUCCAGGGCGAAGGCUGCUCAUCCAAGAGAAGCACUCCAUCGGCCGAGAGACACGUUGUGGUCACCAUCGGCGGCGACUUCCCGGAGGUACACUGCCGGGCGACGACGACGGCACGCGACGGAAAGCACGGCACUAUGGAGAGCAGCUCAUUCAUCGUUGAGGUGCCUUGCUUUCUUCACAAGGGGGGUCUGGUUUUCCACACAUUGCCCGCUCGCAGUCGGCGCAAAAGGCAGCCCAGCCCGUUCAAGUCCUUGUCGAACAUUCCCCUGUGCAUAUCAAGGAGGCUAAGUCUCCUGCGGCAUGAGAACAUUCGCAAUGGUGGAAGCCUUGCAUUCCUCCGCGGUAGGAAGGCAUCAGAGUGGCCAGAAGAGAACACCAUAAUCUCAGAACUGGGCCACACGGUUCGCGUGAUAUGUGAGAAACCUCCGAAGCAGACGUCCAUUGAAGAGAGCAGCAACAAUGCUACAGAGACCGCCACACCAACUGUCGUGACGUUGCCAUUGGAAACAAGCCAGCUUGCACCCACCACGGAGCCUUCGUGGGUGCCCGCGGCCAGUGUUAAAGUGUUGGCCCCAGUGCACGCACACUCCAUGCCAAACCUCAGCAUAACGGCGUCGUCUGGUUCCUUGCACGUUUCGCACCACAAUGACGAGGAGGAAGAGGACGAGGAAACGUGGACGUCUCGAGACUUUGCCGACACCGGCAGCGACGGCAGCCAGCUCUCGGAUGCCACGUCGGCCCCCUCCAUUCCCGAUGAAGAGGAGUACGUUUACGAAGGAGAGUCUAGUCAGGCCAGUGCAGUGCCUCCGCCGUUGCCGCCAAAGUGUCUCACGUGGGGGGAGAGGCGGCAAAGGUACGUGGUGCUGUCCAAGCGUCAGGGUUUGCCGCCUCUGCCCAUGGCCAGGGACCCGGUGACAUUCCUACUCGAGACUGGUAGCUGUUGCGCAUGCCCUUCACAGCCGCAGUCACGUGCCGUGGCUCCGCCACCAGAGACAAUGCCCAGUUCGGCAGCUUGGGGCACAGAGGCACAGUGGCUCAACAGGCGUUUUUGCGGUGAUGACGUGGAACACGAAUCGCUGAACGUCUCACGAUGCUGACGUCCAGCCUCCACAUGCCUGUACAGUACACCUGCUCGCACCAGCUUGCUUUAAAAACGUGGAGGUGUUCGUGUGACUAGAAGUGCACCAAAAAAACAUUGUGUCGGGUAGAGUAAUGCGGAUGGCUUUUUAGCGGCAAUGGUGGCAACUGUGCCGGAUUGUUGUCCCCUCACCAACCCUCUUUUUACAGCGUAGGAGCUGAAAGCGUUUCCACCAUGUUGAGCAUGCCAGCACAGUGUUGCCUCCUCCUCUCUCUCGAGUCUGUGUGUGGAUCUUCCAUAUCACAUUAUGCUUUUAAGCAAAUUGUAGUGUUCCUGACAUUGCGCGUGUUGCAGACCGCUGCACCGGCCCUAGUGUCUACAGAGUUCCCUGUCUCAUUGAAGCAUUUUAGUUUUUAACCAAACAUCAAUUUCGAUGAAAUAUUUGUAUAUAGGGCUUCAAAAGCUUUUAUCUGCAAUGUUUCACGCUGGUGUACUUCAGCCAGCAUUGUUGGUUGCAGCUUUAAUGAACAACCUCUUAUGCAUUUGUUCUACUUAAGUACUGUACUUUCUUGCGUUUAUUUACUCUUACUUCAUAACAUGUGGUGUCCAGCAUGUGCUGUACUGAAUGUGUUAGUUGUGCUGAUCUGAUGGUGCUUUUAGAAAAUGAGUUGUGCUGCUCACAAUUAUUUCUUUUUUCAUGAUUUAAGUACUUCAGACUUCAACAUGCACUAUCUGAGAUUACAAGUUACCCAUUGCUGUAGCUCAUUGGCACUGAACUGUUGAGCUAGAGGUGAUGGGUUCAAUCCUGGCCGCAUUUCAAAUGGGCGUGGAAAAAAAAAAGAAAAAGUUUCUGUGUACUUAGGCUUAGGUGCACAGAACCACAGAUGGUCCAAAUUGUGUUGGAGUCCCCCUCUUUAUGGCGUGCUUCAUAAUCGGAUAGUGGUGUUGGCAACUAAAACGCCAGAAUUAAAAAUAAGAAGUUUAUUAACAAAAGAAAGCUUGCGAGUUUACUUCUUUGAGAACACACGGGCAGUUUGCAGUAGAGGUUGAACUAUGAACCAAAGAUAAAAUUUGGACAACCAUGUAAAAAUGUUUUAUUCUGACAACCACCACUAAGGCACAGGCAGGUCCAAAGAUCAAUCUUUCUUCACAACUUUCUGGGUGUUUCGAAGUGAGAGAGCCUUGUAUAUGGUGUAUGUGACUGAGAAGAAUGCCACAAUCCCCAGCAUCACAGUUCUUCUGUGUUCCUAUAAAAGAAUAAAGCGUGAUGUCAACAGA